AUGCUGAACACCCACUGCAUUCCGACGACAGACCGGCAAGCCAAGCUCUCUGGCACACCGCGCCUCAAGGUGGACAAAGUCAGGGACAGCAGCCUCGUGAAGAUGGGCGGAAACGCUAUGAACCUACCGUGUGCCACAGCUGAGAAGCAGACCAUCAGUGGCCACUUCUCUCUCCUGAUGUUGGACAAGCCGAGCGAGGGGUUGCCAGUUUUGACAGACUGGCUCCGGACAGCAGGAGAUGUAUGGACUGUGGGCUAUGAAGCCUGGCGAUCUCCCAUCGAGGUGUGCCCCUUGACUGACGAUGUGUUGGGCCAAGCCAUGAAGCCUUGCACGCUCGUUCCUGUGAAAGGGGUCGGCAGAGCAAGCAUCAUCCUCUUCGCGGUGUGCUACAGCUACAUGAAUCUCCGAGAUAUGGGGCCAGAGGAGCUAGAGGACUUCUCCAGGUUCACAAAAUCAGUGGAGACCAUCCAGAUGGUGCUGAUGCCUCGGCAGCCGAUUGCGGUGCUCAACUAUCGGAGGAUUCAGAUGACAGAGCAGCAGAGUGAGAAGCAGAAGAUGAAUGCUCUUCAAAAGGCCCUCAUAUUCACCACUCGUGCCAAAGAGUUGCAAGUUGAGGUUGGGGUAUGCGACGAGGCAUGGUCGAUGAUUGAGAACCACCUCCAUCGAUACCGCUUUGCCGAUUCAGCUUUCUCCAAUGCCAUGCUGGCGCAUGCACAGUGGCUCGUUGGUGCUGGACCUUCCACUGGGUGCAAUGCUGUGUGGCACCUGAUCUUGACUGUGACUGCACCAAAGCAGGUGCUGUUCUUGCGGCGUAUCUUGUUUCUACAUGAUCGGGCAGUUCGCAGAGGCGCUCGUGCAGCGAACCUCCGCUUACCACUCCAGGAGCGUAUGUGCCUGAUGGAGAGCAUUCUGCGCGAAAUGAAACUGGCAGUUGAUCAUGGCAACGUUCCAGUCUUUGAGCCUGGCGUCGUUGACAAAAUUUCCAAACGGGCUGUGGAUGGGGACUACAAUGCUGAGCUGAUGGAAAUGCUGACCUUGAAAGAGUCUAGCUUCGAGCCACACCAUUUGACAUUAUGGACUGAGAAUGUCACUAAGAAGCCUGCCCCAGCUGAAGUGAGCUUUCAACUUGUGGACAACGAGAUUGACAAGCUGGACAAAGACGCCCGGGAGUCAGCUUUCCGACAGGAUUGUUUGAAACUUGCCAGAGAUUGCGCCCAGCUCGCCUUGAUCUACAAGCAGCUCUCGAACCACGAUCGGGCGGCACGUCUUCAAAAAGUCACCCACCUGAAGCAGCAGAACACAGUGGGUGCAGACUAUGUCCGAAAGUUCAUGGCCUUGAACAUGAAGCAUGUGGGCGGACGCUCUGGUGAGUUGGAAGGAGCCAUGGAUGAGUUUAUGUCCAAUCUUCAAAAGCUGGACAAGUUCAAGAAUGAUGGGGGUGUAGUGGUGUGGCUGGACUACACCAAGUACGGCAAGCUCACCAAUGGUGACCUCAACGACUCCCUGGAUCUCAUGAAGGCCUGCAUGGCGCGCUGCCCGGAGAAGGUUGUUGGCUUCAUCAUUUGUCCAUUCCUGGUGUCAGAGAAGGCUUCAGUGCAAGGGUCCCUUCGAGGAGAAAUCAGGACACAAUUCUGGCACAGGAGAAUCGAAGAUAAACUCGAUGCCCUGUCCAUUUACUCUGAGCUGACCAUGCUGCGCAUGUCCGACCCCCCGGGGCAGAAACAUGUCCCCCUACAGUUUCCUGCUUGGGUGUGCUUCGAUGAGGGAUCCCGUGCCAGCAAUGUGUGGAAAGGAAACCAACUGAUUUUGGACAGGUGCACCAGAGCUUGCCUGCCAUGGGCUGCAGAAAGCUCAUAUGUGGUUCCUGCGCCAGCCAAAGACUCUGUGCCAAAUUCAGCCGAGAUCAGGUCGCUCUCACAGAACCAGGAAAGUGCACAGCUGCUUUCGGGAGACCAGCUGCCUGAACAUGUGAUGUCAGCUUUGCUUUCAAAGACCCACGUCAAGGGUGUUGUGGGAUUGGUCAACCUGUCCCCUUAUGACACAUGGGUUGAACUUUCUGCUAUGAAGUGGGGAAAAAAGACCAAUGGCGAAACUGUGAUGCCAUCACUUUCUUUGUCCAAAAAUCUGACCGUGGUUUCCUACUGCGACCGAAGCCUGUCCCUCCGGCUGAUGCAGGACUGGAAGAAAGGCAAUCACUGCAUGGGGUCUACUGCUCCGAAGUAUGAGCCUGAAGCCCCGAAAGUGGAGGAUGCUGACAUCAGCAAGUUUCCUCUUCAGGUGGUUCGCUUGGAGAAGAACCUUGAAGAGACCAGUGGAUGGAAGAAGUUCAAAGUGACGCUUCCGCAGACUUUCCGCAUGCACUGGCUUGAGGAUGUGGUCUUCUCUCAGGAGUGGCGGGAGCUUCUGACAGACUUCGACAACAAGUUUGGUAUCCCUACCCGGCCUGCUGAAAGUGUGUCGGCUGGGACCGAGAUUUCUGUCCAGUCCUUAUCACCAGCUCGCGCACCAUGGGACGGUGAACCGACAACGAUUCAGGAUCGAUACUUGGUCGAAACAAACCUCAGUGGACGGACAUCUGGUUCUACGCUGUAUGUGGUCGCUGCGAAGCAAAGGGAUGGUUCAGAACACCAGGUUGUGGAAGGCCAAGCCUUCAAGCUGUUCCUGGCUGCUCAUAUGAGCUUGGAGGUGCCGCUGACCGAGUUUCAAAUCGGACAUGGAUCUGCGAAGUUCUUGAAGCCUGAGAAGUUUGCAGCUUUGCAGCGCGAAGGAAAGCCAGGUGGGAAAUCAUAA